AUGAAAUACUGGUUCAUUGAUAAAGAUAAUAAGGAGUAUGUGGCAGCAGUAGGAUACAAACCAUUGGAUAGAAAUGAAGUAUACGAUUUAAUGUCUAAAGAGCAAACAGUAACAUACGUGAAUGACAUUUACUCAAAAUACACUGUAGAAUACAAUAAUCAGUUUGAUUUGAAAGUAUGCACCAAAGAUCAGGUUAAAAUUAGCAAAGGACACAGGUUUGUGACUGAAAGCUACGAUCAACAUCAGAAGAAGAAACUCACUGAAUUGGAAUUUGAUGGAGAAAAGGCAUGCGAGGAAGAAGAGUUCAUAAUUUAUGAGAAUGAUGGAAUAUAUUACGUCAAAUUCAACUGUGGUUGCUCAUUUAGGGAUUUUAAAGAUGUUCAAACGAUAAAGAAGGCACAAAAAUGGAUAGAGAACAAAUUUAAAGAGAAUGGACAGGGUAAUUCAGAACACGUGUCUUAUUUCUGUUACGGAGGAGAAAGGGAACAGUUUUGGUUCAAAGCAGUGGAUGUCAGCGGAUUUUAUGAAAAUGCAUUUCCCAUUUUUGUUGAUGACUUUGUGAAGAACCUGGAAAUUGAUUGUGACUUCUACAAGAAUGAUGUAAACUACAUCGAAGACAUCUACGAAUAA